AUGUAAUAAAGGGCUCGUUCGUUAAUUGCUAGAUAAUAUUACAAAAAUAAAUAUGGUCCAUAAUUGAUAGAGGAUGACAAUGUUUUGGAUGUUCAGAUAGGAGAUGAUAAUACAUUACAAGCUAGAUAAGGGUUGGUAAUCACAAUAAAUUCAGACGAUGAUGAACCUAAACAUAAACAUUCCAUCUCCAACUUUUCAGAGACUGUUGUUAAAAAAUAGGAAUGUGCAUUGUAAAAAUUUGAAGAUCGAAACAGUACUUCACAAUUGCAACUCACUUUACAAUAACAAUUAUAAACCUAAACUGACAUCUUCAAAUAGCAAUAAAAUUAUGGUACCAGUUCCCUUGACAGUAUGUCACAAUUGUAAAAAUCACUUUCAUAGAUUAAAAUCUAAUAACCUCAACCACCUUCAAAUGUGAGUAAUUUAAAAUAACCUCAAUAAGUUAAAUAACAAUAAUAGGUUAGACAGCCUAUUACUAAAGGCAUUGGAGAUUAGAAUCAAAAAAAUAAUGAGAAGUAAAAGCAAAGAGUCAUAUCAAUUCCUGAUCAGAUUUAAACUAAAAUGAAUAUAGAAUCUGAUGAAGAGGAAGUACAGAUGAAUAAGAUACCCAGAAAACAAGUUAGGCCAAAUGAUGAUGAGACUCUGCCCUAAAUUCAUUUCAAAAAGAAACCAGACUUUUUUACAUAAUUGAAAUAGAAGAUCACACAACCGUUAAAUGAAAAUACAGCUUUGUAGAUCUAAUAUAAAUAUAAGCAAAGAGAUGAACAAUCUCCAGAAAAUGAAAAACCUCAAAAUGUUGCACCUGUCUCUUAUUAAGAUUUUAUUGCCAUGAAGAAUAGAGAGAUCAAUGCUGCAAAAUAAAGAAAGCAAGAUGAGGAAUAUCGAAAGUAGUUGUUACAAUAAAAGAAACAAGAAAAAGUAGCACCUGAUAAAAUAAGAGAAGGGGAGACUUUGCAAUAAUAUCAAUAGAGAAUGAUAGAGUAUUUGCACAAAUAGAAUAAAUACAAGAAUAAGAAGAAGUACAAGAGAGGCACUGAUUUGGAUAAUAAAAAAACAGCUGAAGAAAAACAAAAGAUUAGCGAAUUGAUGAAGAUGAUUGAUCCCAAUUUUUAAUAAGACGAUAUUGAUGAAAAACCAUUCAAGCCUGAUCUAUUAAAUUAUGAUGUCUUACUUAAGAAUGGUUUAAUCUUGAAAUAAGCAUUUGUAAAACCACCAGAACCUGACAUCAAUCCCAUGCUCAAUGUUUACAAAAGAGGCAGAUAUGCAACUGAAUUCAUUUUUAGUGGUGGAAUAGAUAUGGAUGAUGGUCCUUAUGGAUAAUAAUCAAAAAAGAAAUCUAAGAAAUUGCCAUUCCCAAAACAUAGAUUAAGUUUAUCUCCUUGGGAAUACUAUGGCGUGGGACCUGAGGAAUAUUUUGCUACCAGAAAUCCUAAUUUUGAAUUCAAGUAGAAAUACGUUCCUGUUAAGGAUUAUUAUAAUGAAAUGCCAAGACCUAAGCAAAAUCCUAAAUACUUUAGUUAUGAUGUAGAUUAAUUAUUGGCUAAACGGUACUAAUCUAUCCAUCUAGAAUAUUAAUAUUAAACUUCUUUUAUUGGUUAUAAAUAAAGACAUUGGACACCUGCCUCUCAUUUGAAAGCUGUUUGUCCUAAUUUAGUAUAAGAGUAUGAGAAAUACGAAAGAGAUAGGUUGUUUUGUUAUAUUGUUUGUGCUAAGGUAUCUAAAUAUUAACUCAUUGAAACUGUUGGCAUCUUGACUUCAAAAUACACCAAAAACAAAAUAGAGAAUUUGGUUAUGACUUAUUGGAAGGGUGAUUCUAAAGGAGAGAAAAAAACUAUAUCGAAUUUAGAGAGGCAGGUGCCGUAGGAAUGUUCCAAGAGGAUGAUGAUGAAGAAAAGGAUAAGAAGAAAAGAACAAGUAAAGAGCAAAGACAUUUAGAAGAUGAAUGGGAUCCCACAAAAGAUGGAAGCAACAGAAAGAGGAAAAAGGAACAAAUUAAGAAAAGAAAAGUUUUCAAGAAUAGCAGAGGAAUUAAAAUUAAAACAAUAAAUUUAACCAGAAAAAAAUUAGAAACCGAAAAAGAACGAUGCAGAAGGAGAUCAAAUGGAAGAAGAAAAUUAAGCAAAAGAUGAAAAUUAGCCAUCUUAAUCAAAAAAGGUAUUAAAAAAGUAAAAGAGAACGAAGAAAAAGAAACAAGAAUAAUCUAAGUAAGUUGUAGAAUAAGAAGCAAAUCAAUUUGAAUAGUAAUUCUAAUAAGAAUAACGAAAUGACAAUGAAGCAAGGUCAAAAGAAGAUAGUGAGGAAUAAGUAUUUUAAGACAAUGAAGAUUUAGUUUUCAAAGCCAAAAUGAUCGAAUUCAAUUAAAAGAGAUUCAACUUCACUGGAACUGAUGUUGAUUUGUAAGAGAGCAUGAAAUUGGUUUUUCCAAACAAUUAGCAAUAAAAAUUGGAUUCAGAGAGAUAUAAAUAAUUUAUAUAGAAAUGA